AUGGCUGACAAUGUUGAGAACAGACAACAACAACAACAACAACUGGCUAAUCAAGUCGAUGGUGGUCAACAACAACCACCGGAAGCUCAGGCAAACGACAACAAUGAGGACAAUCAGCAACAGCAACAACAGGCCAUUCCCGUCGAUCAUCAGCAGCAGCAACAACAACAGCCACUGGAUCCGGAGGUUGCCAUUAAUAUUGUCGAAAGAUUUAAUCCAGAAGUCGGCGAUUUUGUACCAAUAAGACCCGAUGAACCCAUGAUCGGACUGUUACCCAUGAACAGAGGUCCGCGACGCAGACAGUUGACACGCGGCGCAGUCAGACAUCUGAUGGCCAAAGCCAGACGAUUGGAGCGCAAGUCUCGCCGUUUCGAUCGCGAGGCCGACCGGUUUAUUCGUCGUCAGCGACACUUACAGCGGUUGGCCGAUGUUGCCAGCAAUCAGGCAGACGUUCGCCGCCGGCGGUCUCAUAGAUAUCAUUUACGGGCGGCAAGAAUCAGGGAUAGAGUGAUGAGAUAG